AGUUUUACGUAUCCUUAUCGUGUUUCUAUGAAGUUCCUGCCAUUAUUGCAAAACAAUACACUGGAGAUAACCGAAGAUUUCUCAUUGGGUUUGGUGAGUAUAAAUGUCCCAAGGACGAAAUUUUUGGCAUCAGUUCCUCCUGUCAUCCAGUCAAGGAAAGACCGAAGCUAGCAAAAUGCUGAAUAUUAUCGUCGUCUUUCUGGCUUUGGCUAUCUCCGCAUUGGGAGCCGAGCUACCGCCUUCAUACAGCCUCGUUGAAAAACAACCAUUCAAACCAGAGCUUAAUAUGGAAUCCCUUGAAACACAUGCCGUGUAUAAGAAAGAACCAAAGUCGGACACAGAACAUCCAGUGUAUAAACCAGAAGAGCAUAAGAACCAAGGCCGCGCUAGAAUUGAACCAGUAAGACCUUCGGGUUCUAUGGGUAAAUAUGAUCGUAUGUUAGCUGAUCAACCCACUGGCUCCACUGAAAUUAACAGGAUUGACAAUCCGACGAACUUUGAAUAUGACCACCAACCAUCGGAAGUGACCUACCCUGAUGUGCCAUAUGCCCCAGGCUACGGUUAUGAAUCGGGUUACCCUACCCUAAAUAAUUACGACAUGUACAGAAAUGACUACAUGAUGGAGCCUGACACCUCUGCCUAUGGUCUGCUUUGGAGCCAAGUACCUGAUGCGAGGACGCUCGUGAGCUACGUGGGUCGUACUAUCUCCUGGAUAUUUGGCAGCAUGUUCAUGAUUUUCUUCGGUUCAGUCCUUACCAUCGGCGUGUGCACAUACACAAACCUUUGUACUUUUGCCUUCAACGGCGUUGGUCCGAUCAAUGACGCACGAUCACUAUUAACCCCAGAACGAUUGGAGAAUCUUAGCACAGCAGCCGACUUUGUGAAGACAGCUAUUAAUAAAUAUCAGAAGAUUCAGAAAGUGGCUGAGAUGCCCGCAAGAAACCGACGCAAUGCUUUCUAUGGAAUGUGAUUUUGGAGUACUAAAAUCAGCGUUCCAUUUUUUUAUUUGAAUCGUAUAGUAAAUUAUAAUAUUAUUUUAACCAGA